AUGGCCGGCGGUGGUGAUCCUAAAUGGCAGAAAGAUGCAUCCGAUCAGAACUUCGACUACAUGUUCAAGCUGCUCAUCAUCGGCAACUCGAGCGUCGGGAAGACCAGCUUCCUGUUCCGCUACGCAGAUGAUUCGUUUACGUCCGCCUUCGUGUCCACGGUAGGCAUCGACUUCAAAGUGAAAACCGUGUUCCGCCACGACAAGCGCGUCAAGCUACAGAUUUGGGAUACCGCCGGACAGGAACGAUACCGUACCAUCACGACGGCGUAUUACCGUGGGGCCAUGGGUUUCAUCCUGAUGUACGACAUUACCAAUGAGGAAAGCUUCAACUCCGUGCAGGAUUGGGUUACACAAAUCAAAACCUACUCGUGGGACAACGCACAAGUCAUACUGGUUGGCAACAAGAGCGACAUGGAGGACGAGCGUGUGAUUUCGUUCGAGCGUGGCAAGCAGCUGGCGGACCAGCUCGGGGUGGAGUUCUUCGAAACAUCGGCGAAGGAAAACAUACACGUGACGGACGUUUUCGAGCGACUGGUGGACAUCAUCUGCGACAAAAUGUCGGAGAGCUUAGACUCCGACCCGACGCUGGUGGCUGGCGGUCCCAAGGGCCAGCGGUUGACCGACCAGCCCGGGCAAGGUCCUCCGAACGCAAACUGUAACUGCUAAAAGUUGCAACGAAGCACUUGCGCCGACCCAACAGGCCAGGGGACGAGUUUUCGAACGACCACAACCAGCGAAGCGAAAAACGAAAAAUCACAUCACGGCUACAAAAAUGUACACGGACACAAAACGACACACCCACAUACAGACAAACACACUUACACACAGCAAAGACGAACCUAAGCACUCGUUACUGUCUCGCGAAGAAAGCUGUCCACUACAGGGACCCCGGCAGGACCCAAACAGAGCAGUGCGGUUGGAGCAAGAAGAGGAACAAUUCCAAACGCAACCAAAAGCAAAACGGAACACAUUUAUUUAUUCGUUUCUCUAACUAUAAACUCUAUUGAAGUUGAUCGCAAAUUGGGUAGAAAGACAGCUGACAGUGAAUUCGAUAAACGUAUGCAGGGGUAAAUGUAAAAUUUGUAGUUGGUUGUAGACGCCGGUACGGUGGCCGCAUAGGAUGAGCACGAACGAGUAAAAAAAAAUGUUUAAAAAAGUGGGUAGAGAUAAAGAGAAUCAGCAGUAAAAGAAUGACACAAACAUAAACUUGGAAUCAUACAUUUAAAAGCUAGCAAAUCCUACAAACAGAACAAAGCAGAAACGAAGCGUACGAGAACAAAACCAGCAUUAUGUAAUAAUAUUUAACAAAAAAAGAGAAACGAAAAAGAAAACAACCAAGCUAAAACAACAAAAUAUUUAAAAAAAAUACAACACACAAAUUGAUCGAUUAUUAGUAACUAUUCCGUAAUUUAACGAAAGUAUAACUUCAGUAAGUGCAGAAAUAUUCAUAUCGAAGCAAAUCGCAAAGAAUUAAUACAUUGAUCGUCAUUAUGUGUAGCCAUAUGCGUUAUUGAUUUAAUUGGCAACGGAGAACGAGGGCCGGAUGUAAGGAUCGCGGAAUGCAAACCAUCGUUGCGAGUGUUCGAAUACUUGGUUCGAUCGUUUAGCGACGGAACUCGGUCUACUACUGUAAAACAAACACUGACACACGCUUAGGAUCGCAACGAGCGGACCGAAGGUCGCACACAGAUUCACACAUUUCCCGUAUCCGGCGGGAUUGGCAGGCUCGACUGGCCUAUUGGAUCCGGUUUUUUUUUUGUUAACUCUUGUGAGCACAAUUGAUGAUAUAGGCCACAUCCAAAACGAAUCAAUUACAGAGCACUGCUAGGGCAGCUGCCGAUGUCACUCGUCGUUGGUUUCACGCCGACUCCGGCUCGUCGAUCGGUUCGGUUCGGUGCUGGCUAUCAGGCUGGUGGUUUGCCAACCGGGCCAACCGAGUACCGACAUUGACAGGCAUGCACCGGUAGGCGAGAGUUUUGCAUUGUGUAGAUGCGCGUUGUUUGUAGCGAGUAGCGACAAUAAGUUUAAGGGAAAAAACACAAUAAGUGGUACCGGUAAACACUGAUUAGUGACCGACGUGUGUGUGUGUCAUGUACCGGCGGAACGAUAGCGGGCGAAAUUCGGCCGGAUGUGCAGUCGGGCGACGAGAACCAAUCAUUACGGAACACUAAACAAAACAGAAGACAGCGUUUGCUCAUUCGUUCCUUUUUAAUCUCCUAAUCAAUCGGAAUCCAUCGAAUGGAAUGGAAUCAGUAUUACACCCGUAUCAGCGCUGUUGGUACAGCGGAUUUCGUUUUAUUCGGACAUAUUUUGCCUCGGUUUAUUUACUGAUAGGAGUGAUUUCAACAUUUCGUUUCAGAAUGUAAGCGAGCGGGAGAGGAAAAGGUAGAGCCAUUUUAAGUACAACUGCCAUACAGGCAUACGAAUCGAAUUUGUUUUAUUUGGAAGGUUGUUUGCCACUAUACGAUAUAAAACGACGGCUUGCAUUGUAUCCAUCCUUGCGAUAAUCAUUGUUCCCGAGCAGAAACAUCACCAAUGCAGUAUGUUUGGAACAAGCUGUACGCUGACCACGGUUUGUAGCCGAUAAGCCAUGAUGUGAAAUGGAGGGCGAUCGGUUUAUGUAAAGUAACACUCACAUCGACAGCGAGGCUAGCCAUUACCGAUAUACGCGUCCGUUUCGUAAUUCUUUUUGUCAUAAAAGUUUACUCCUUUUCAAGCGGUUCGUAGCACAAAUACGUGCGUUUAGGGAGAAUUUAUGUCAGCAAACGAAAGCAAGCGAACGAGCGUGGUUGAGUUCGGUUCUGCUGGGCCAGUUGCAAGAAAUUAGAGACGGAAAGAAAAACGUGUUAAAGCAAAGAUACUUCAAUGUUACUGACUUCAACUGUCGACGUAUGGAUGUGUAUGCGUGCAUGUUUUAAAAUCCAGUUCCACUUACAAGCAAAAUCUAGAUUCAACAUCUACAUGUGCCUACACUAACAGUUGCGGUUGCAGAAGAACAAGUAUGAAUGUCCCGAGACCGUCAGGAAAAGAGGCUUGCCAGCUUCCCGUACAAGACCGUAACGAAAACUAGAAACGAUGUCACCCUGUUCCCCGGCGGGUGUUACGAUGUUUAAACACGCUAGAGAACCCAUUUUGACCGAUGUGUAGCUAUACGAAGAAGACAGCUAUUUUUCCACCGCAUUGUAAGCUCCACGCAAGUUAACCAAUUCUGCGGAGACACUACUCCAAUGUACGCAGUCAUAGCAUCCUGGAGCCAGUUCCCUGUGGAUUGCUGGGGUGGUUUUCAAACGCUAAAUCACUCGCUGAUAGCCCAACAUAUCUAUUUGCAUACGCGCAUAGCUGCAUCGAAAACUCCACGGCAAAGCGGAUGGUUUUAGGUUGCUUUUAAGCGAAUUAUAUUUUAAGGCCUGACUCCCAAUCAAGGGUUUGCUCCAUCUUGCACUCGAAGUGCGUUCACCUUCAGGUUGUUUUUGUUAUCAGCAAAGGAUCACGACCGCUGUGCUGUUGCGGUCACUGUAAACACAAACAACUAGAUGCAAGUAGAAAUUUGGAAAACGUUCUAAACGCUUUCAACACCUCAAGCAAAAUGAACCCGUUAGAUGCCAAUGCGUUCAUUAUGGCCGUUUCGAAAAUGCACCACCGCGCUUAGGUUAUGCUGCAUCCGAAGAGUAAGAAAUCUAAAAACACAACUUCAAUGAGCCAACAGACUCAGCGACCAUAGACCGGAACCUCCAAUCCACACCCAAAGAACAAAAACUCUACCGGAAACGAUCGAAGCCGAAACGAAUCAACAUAAAAACGAAGCAAUGGCGGACACUCUGGUGAAGGAAACAUGAACGUGUCAGGGCCGGUGGAUGUAACACUAAACGGAGCUGUUUCUUAUCCAACCAGCCAGAGCGUGGUAGCGAAGCGAGAGCAAGGAAAAAGUAAAAUUAUUGGUCAUCAUAAUUGUUGUAAUAAUUAAAAGUAUAUAUAUACAUAUAUAUAUUUAGCAAAAUAUAUAAGGGGAAAAACCAGGU